UUUUUUUAAGAUUGAUGGCAACACUGCUUCUCUGGUAUCUUCAGAGAACGUAAAUUAGCUUUGCAACUGCAACUUUCUGCAUGUGCUCGAAUGUCAAACCGAUUCGCAAUAAAGUACAUAACAAGUCAAAACAGGAAUAAAAGCAAAUCGUAUUUUUUUAGUUAAAUACAGCAUGUCCAUACACUUUAGUGGAGCUUUAAAACGGUCUAAUGGCUUAAUUGCAGCAAUAAGCAAGCAAUUAAAAAGUGUCAACUUAAAAGGUGUAAAAAGAAUAACUGUUACGUUUGAUCCCUUCGCUGAAAAUGUGAGACCCACAAGGGAUUUUUUAUCGCUGUUGUCAGCACCUAAAAUAUCUCUCACAAAUCCAAAUUGCGUCUUAAAAACAGACGUUGUUUGCAACCGUCAGCCAGCGCAGGUGAAAUUUUCUUUAAUCGACUCUGCACAAGAAAAGGUGCAAGUGAAAGAAAUUCGGUUUAUCAGUGAAAAUCUUACAACGCUUGAACUAUUACAGCUACUUAACAAGCACGUAUCGGCACUGGCACCUGUUGAGGAAAUCACGUCGAAGGUAGCUACUAAAGCUGAAAAACAAAAACUAGCUGCAGGUGGCAAGAAAGGCUCCAAAAGGAAGUAAUUGCAAUUGAUAAAAUUUACAAAAUGG